CGUCUCUAACGAAAACGUAAAUGCGAAAAGGCAGUGAAAAAUUUAAACGAAACAAUAAAAUUGCAAAUUCAAUAAAGAAUUCAAUUGUAAAAUUAAUUUCUUGUUAAACAUAUAGAUCAAAAACCCAUAUCGCAUUUUAAAUCAACAAACUAACAUUUGAUCUACGUUGCCAAUUUGCCGUAGUGACUUGGUGCGUGGUAAUUGCGUAUUAAACAACAAAAGCAACAACAAACAGCUCGCAAACAAACUGCAAACGCUGGCAAAAACUGAAACUCAAACUGAAAGUGAAACGAGAAAGGAAACAAAGAAAACGUUUUGGUAUAGUCCAUAGUUAAUAUUUACAUGGGUUUAACAGAUCAAGAUUGGAUUGGCAGUGCGGUCAGCUUGACCUGCGACGACGAGCUGGGCGUGUUUCAGGGACUGAUAAAGAAGAUUUCAGCCGACGAGAUAACAAUAGUGCGCGCUUUUCGCAACGGUGUCCCACUGCGUAAACAGAACGCCGAAGUUGUAUUGCGCUGCAGCGAUAUUAAAAGUAUAAAUCUUAUUGAACCGGUAAAGGACGUUGAGACGACGACACCGACGGUGAUUAACAAGCCGACACCGGUGAAAUUGCCGCAUUUCUCAAACAUUCUUGGCAAGCAGCAGCAGUUGCAAUUGCAGCAACAGCAACAAGUGCAUCAGGAACAGCGUGAGAGGGAGCGGGAACAGGAGCAACCAGUGACGCCCAGAGGCAAGGCGAAUGGACAUGGAAACGGGAACGGGAACCGAAAUGGCGGAUUUAAUGCUCCUGGUAUUAACUCCGCACUGAGCGAUAAGAUGCAUCAACUAAUGCUCAAUGCGAAUCCUAAUGGCGUUAACGGGAUGCGAAGAACACCGCAGAGCUCACGUGCACCCAGUGCACAGCAGCAGCAGCAGAUGGCGACGACGCCGAAUAGUGUGGCUGCCUUCUUUGGGAACAUGAUUCCGCCAAAGGUGGAGGUUAAGCUGGGCAGCACCGCCUACAAUCCUACAGGAGGCAACUCUGGCGGAUGCGCCAAUAACUUGGAGAGCUACUGCAGCAGCAGCGCCGAUGGCAGCGAGGCAGCUGGCAGCAGUCGACCCAUUGACAUAAUAAGCAAUAACAAUGGCAACGCCAAUGGAAGCUAUUAUCAGGCAGCGAUCAGUCAUGGCAAUGGAAAGCGCAAUGGCAACGGUAAUGGCAGCUUCAAUUCCAAUUCCUUUUCUGCAAAUGGUCAUGGCAAUGGAAAUGGAAAUGGCAAUGGUAAUGGCAAUGGAAAUGGGAAGAACAAGCAGCGUAAUCGGGUGCGACGUGAGAGCAGCAUGCGACAACAGCAGCAGCAGACAUUUGGAAGCGAGGCUGAUGAUCCACUUUUGCAUGAGGAUUUUGACUUUGAAGGGAAUCUAGCACUUUUUGACAAGCAGGCCAUUUGGGAUGACAUUGAGUCGACCCACCAAAAGCCGGACGUAGUCCGUCAUGCGGUCCACGUGCAGAAACAACAGCAUCAGCAGCAGGAGAAAAAGUAUCGUCACGAUGAAAACAUUUUGGCCAGCAAGCCGUUGCAGUUGCGCCAGAUUGAGAGCAUUUUUGAUGGCAGCAAGGAUUUUGUAACUGACGAUGGCCUCAUCAUACCCACCAUACCGGCCUAUGUACGCAACCGCAUUGAGUUGAGUGCCGACAAAGCCGGCUUAUCGAUGCAGCGCCAAAUUGAUACACUUGCGCGCGGUGCCAGCGAUUUGGCCAUCACACUCCUUGGAGGUGCUCGCCGUUUGACUCCGGCAAAUAAUCAUCAGUGGCCCAAGAUUGCCAUCAUUUGCGACGGAGUUAACACCAUGAGAACGAUCAAUAUAGGGGCCGCUACAGGUCGCCUGCUAGCCUCCCAUGGACUCACUGUACUUCUAUAUGUGGAGCAAGUGCAACUGAUUGAACAAAACAGCAGCCUGGAGGUGUCCUUGUUCAAGGCUACCGAUAAUACCAUAGUACAUUCUGUUGAUGCAAUGCCAACACCGGAUCUUGUGAUACUAUCGACAAAUACCGCUAAACUUUCGGAUGCAAUUAAGAAAUGGCUCAACGAUAAUCGUGCUUCGGUGCUUGCCAUUGAUCCGCCACCUUGUGGCAUUAAGGAUGUUGCUAUUAAGUACUCAAUCUUACCCAUAUUGCCAUUAAUCCAAGAUUCAAGCAAUUCCGCUGCUGCAGCAACUGAAAAUUCAUCAACGAAUAAAUGUGGCAAACUGUAUUUAUGUAAUUUAGGUAUACCAGAUAAGUUUUAUCGUGAUUGUGGCAUUAAGUACAAAAGUCCAUAUGGACAUAAAUAUGUGAUACCGAUUCACUCAAAGGACUGAAACAACGAUAACAACUCAGCACAGACAAACAGUAACAACAACAAUCACCAGAAACAUCAACAACAGCACCAAUAAACCAACAAUACAAUAAUAAUAAUCAGCAAAUGCAACAGAAAAUAACAAAUACAUAAAAACAAAAAACACCCAAACACACAUGUGAUGAUCAUCAAAGUCCUGUUUCCUGUGAAUCUAGCUAGCUGUUAGAAGUCUCUCAUAUAACUCAAUUUAGUUUUAUCUUUGGCGCAUAUACACACAAACAAACACACACACCCACACAAAUAAAUAUAUUAUUAUAUAAGUUUAAGAAUUUAGUUUAUUAACACAUUUUCUUUAAUUAUCAAUCAAAUGCUGCCCUAGAAUAGUGCCGAACUACAUUUAAAACUGUAUAUUUAUUCAAUUUUUUUUGUAAAGCCCCUCAAAGCUAGUCCAGCAUAACUGAUGUAGUUUGGGAGCUCGCUUAAGUUGCCAAUUUUCCUGCAUUUCAAAAUUUUGUAGAACUAAAUUCUUCCAUUCUUAAUGCUCCCAUUCACAAUUAUCUAAUAAUCGAGUUUAUAGAAUUAACAUUUUAUUUGCACUGGACAACUCAACAAACCCCCUUAAACUGGUCUUCAAGAUAACAUUCAAAUUUGAAAAAGAACAAAUCAAAAUGAUUGUAUAUAAAUGUAUAAUUGCAUAAUUGUUUGUGUAUGGGAUGAACUCAAUUGAAUUAUUUUAGUGAAAUUGAGCCAAGUAUGCGCAAUAUAUGCCAAAUUAAAUGUCUACUUUUUAAGCAUCAAAACUAGCAACUAUUAUGAUAACAAUACAAUUACAAAUCAGAUAAUUUUAAGUUAGUUUCGUAAGCUAAAAGUGUUUAACAACAACAACAUCAACAGAAACAUCAAACACAAAGAAAGGAGAUCUUUUAUUUGUAUUUAGAUAUAGUAUAUAAGCAUCUGUAAGCUGUAAAAUCGAAAACCUUAUUUUGUACUCCCAUCGAAUACUGUAAAGUGAAAAAGCACACAAAAUAUUUCAAAUGUAUCGCGAUGAGUUUUAUAAAACCAAAUUGAAUAAGUAAUAUAUCAAAAUCCGAUCAAAUAGUGAAAAUGUUAGCCUUUAAAAACUCAAUAUCGCAAACCAAAAACCUUAACUAAUUGUUGUAAAAAUAUUAUGUAGAUUCUAAAUUCCAAUUGUUGAUGAUCAAUCUGCAGAUUUCAAUUUGCACUUACUUGUUUCAUACUUAAAAAAAAAACCAGAAAAUAAUAGAAAAACCAUAACAAAAACUGACAGUAUAAUAAUGGGGACGCUGACUGUUUUGAGUUAGGAGUAGCCGAGUGGACAGGACGUUAAAGUGAUGUUAGAGAAGUGGAUGAGUAUGGAGGUUGAGAAGGUUAUUUCCAA